AUGAACCUUGGCGCUGUGAUACCUGAUAUGUUGAACUUGCAUGUGUACUCUAAGGCUAUGUCUUUAAGGGCAGAAGCCGAAGCACAGCAGGAUGCGUUUGUUGUGCCUUGCAUUCGUUGCGUGACAGAACGUGGCACUCCAAUCAGCUACUACCGGCAGAUUUCUGACCAAGUGCAAAGCACAGCGUUAUCAAGACUUCAUAGACGCUUCGUGCAGGCAGAACUUGAGCAUGAUCAUCCGGCUGUCAGGAUCGUCCUCUCGAAUUAUAUAGCAGGACUUCAAGGCCGCCUGAGCAGAUACGAGCUCGCGUACAACCGGAAGACGUUGCGAGACGACUACAAAACCCAUGAUCUCAAGGCUGAGAUAGAGUUCCUUAGACGGACUCUUUGUUCGCUCCUUUUGCAGCCAGAGGCGAAACCAGAGAGUCGCGAGCAGACACGGUCCCAAGGUGUGGACGCUGUGAACAUGGAAACAGACGUGAUCGCAGCUGAAGCAGAUGUGAAGGAGCAGAACAUCCAUGAGCAAACCAGUAGUAAGGUUUCGGAUCCAGGAGUGAGCGACUAUCCUAUGACAACUGGCCACACCGAGAUCCAAGCCGUGAACAAAGCAGCCAAAGAGGUAUUGAAUGCCGUUCUCAGCCUGAAGAACGUUAUCGAGGAUCUGCCAUCUCAGUCAUCACAGGACCACCAGAGUAUUCUACACAAUAACCUAGAGGGUGUAAGUCGAGGUCUAUCGCGGUUUCCAGAUUGCUUGACCUCUCUUUUAGUGAGGCGGAAAGCCGAUCUGGAUGCAACCGAAAAAGAUAAAUGCCUCGCAGCUGAGACCCUGAGAGCAGCCGAAGAGAAGAUGGCGGCGGCAGAGGCGAAGCAGAUGGAGUUGUUGGUAAAGACUGAGGCUUUCGAACAAGCCAAGGAUGUGGCUGACGAGAAGAUGAGAGAGGCGACGGAGCUGUUGCGCGCCGUCGAGACAAGAGAUAAACAUGUUGCGGGUCGCGAGCGCAGAGUCGUGAGGCUGGAAGAGGAGCAAGCACUCGAAGACUUGCACCAUGGUGCGAAUGCUGCGAUGGAAGACGAAGCCGAGGCAGCCGCUGCUGAAGCAAGAGAGAGUGAACGUUGGACUAGCCCGAUCAUAAGGCCCGCUGCCGUUGUGAAGAAUGAGAAGUCCCCCACAUAUCUCGAGCAAAUAUCCAAUUCCACCUCCGCAGGAGAACACGUCCUUCUAGGGAUGCACACUGCCAUCGCAGCCAGAGAAGAAGAGUUGUGGCACAAAGGAAAUAAUCUCCACCACCGCGAGACCGCCCUCUUCGCCCGCGAGCAGCUCCUGGAGCAAAUGAAAACCGCCCAGAUCCAGCUGGCAGAGAACUGGAAAGCGCAGGUCGACACUUCAUAUGCUGGCUUAGAAGCAGAGGGCGAAGACUUGGGGGCGAAGUUUCGAGCGUUGAUCGCUCUGAAGAGUAGGGUCGAGGAGACGCAGGCGAAGGUGAGGAGUUUGAUCGGGGAGGCGAGGGGGAUGGUCAGGGUGGGUGGUGGGGAGAAGGGCGAGGAUGAAGGGGCUUGA